AUGACUUCGCGAGUGGAUGAAUCGUCCGUUCCAGCAGCAGGUGCUAGUGAAGAUAUUGCGGCUGUUGCGGCCGUUAGCAGUUCUCCAGAAAGCAUUAGCGAAUCAGGGUUUGAGGGGCCUCAGGAGGCAGAGAGAGCGUUAGAGCUGGCUUCGCGAGUUGAUCAGUCGUCCGUAACAGUAGCAGGUGCCACUGAAGGUAAUGCUGCGGAUGCUUGCAUUUCCGCAGCAAGUGCUAACGAAUCGGGGUUUGAGGGGCCUCAAGUCGAUGAGUUGACCGUUACUGCAGCAGGUGCUAGUGAAGGUAGUCUGACGGCUGUCGAUGAAUCGACCACAGCAGGUCCUCGUGAAGAUAAUCUUAUGGCUGUCGAUGAAUCGGCUGUCACAGCAGCCGGCGCGAGUGAAGGUUAUGCUGCGAGUGUUAGCAAUUCCGCAGCAAACGCUAGCGAUUCAGGGUCUGAGAGGCCUCAAGAGGCGGCGAAAGAGUUAGCGAAGGAUGCGCGAGUCGAUGAGUUGACUCUUGCGGCCGUAGGUGCCUCUGAAGGCAAUGCACUGGAUGUUGGCGAUUCGACGGCAAGCGCUAGCCAAUUGGGGUUCGAGGGGCCUCGAGUCGAUGAGUUGACCGUUGCGGCUGCAGGUACGAGUGAGGAUAACGCUGCUUCUGUCGAUGCCGAUAAUGCCGCCGCUAGCGAGUCAGCAGCUGAUAACGACUCUGCCACACUUGUACAAGACGGUGCCGCACUUGCACAGGACGGAGCCACAGCGUUACAAGACGGUGCCAUCAUGGUGUUACACGACCGUGAUACAGUGUUACAUGUCCACGUGCUCUCAGCCCAAGGAGACGACUCGUCUUCGGAUCUUCCCACCGAGCCACCGCUAAAGGCGGAUCCGGAGCCUGCACCGGCAGUGCAGGCAGAACUACCCCCUGCCGAACCGAUUCUCGCCGAGCCGGCCCGCUCCGAACCAGCCCUCUCCGAACCAGCAGUUGUCGAACCUGUCCCGGAGGAACGGGUGGCGGAGGAGGGUGCGGGAGGUUCGCAAGAGAUGUCUCCAGGUGCGGGAGCGGAAGGCAGCACGGAGCUGAGCGGAGGGGAAGCGGGGGCGGAGGGGGAGUGUGUGGGGCUGAGCGGAGGGGAAGCUGGAGCGGAAGGGGAGUGUGUGGGGAUGAGCGGAGGGGAAGCGGGAGCGGAAGGGAAGUGUGUGGGGCUGAGCGGAGGGAAUGCGGCAACGGAAGGGGAGUGUGUGGGGCUGAGCGGAAGGGAAGGGGGAGCGGAAGGGGAGUGUGUGGGGCUGAGUGGUGGGGAAGAGGGAGCGGAAGGGGAGUGUGUGGGGCUGAGCGGAGGGGAAGCGGGAGCGGAAGCGGAGUGUGUGGGGCUGAGCGGAGGGGAAGCGGAAGCGGAAAGAGAGUGUGUGGGGCCGAGCAUAGGGGAAGCGGGAGCAGCAGCAGCAGCAGAAGCAGCAGCAGCAGCGAACGUGGUAGAGCCGCCGCCGAAGGCGAAGGAAGCGGCAUUCGACGGGACAGGCCCGUCCCCCGCUCCCCCCAUCGCGUCUUUCCCCUCCUAUUCCGCCGCCCUUGCGUCCCUCCCCCUGCCACCCAUGCGCGCAAAGCCUUCCGCUUUUCCUUGCGCCAGCGCUUCCGCAACGGGCGCAAGCGCAAAACCAGCCGCUCCGCCGAUUCUCCGCGGAGCCAGCGUGCGUCCGGUCAACCACCGCCGACCCACCUCCGCGUUCCCCAACUCCCCUUCCCUUCCGCCGAUCAUCCUUGCGCCUUCCCCAGCUGCGGCAUUGGCGCGGCAGUUCAGCGCGCUCCGCCCCGCUGCUGCUCCGCAUCCCUCGGCAAUCGACGGCGGAGAGAUUGGCGGACCGGGAAGACGUGAUUGGCUGGGAGGAAGUAGUUUCAGCGACGACUCCUCGAGCAGCAGUACGAGCCGCGUGAGUCAACGCAGCCAGCAGGGCGCGGCUCGAUUAGGCGGAGGGUCAGUGGCUGCACAAGCUCGCCGGGCAAUACUGAGUCAGCUUAUAGGGGAGCUGGAGGCGAUCCAGCCAGGCACGACAGUGAAGGAGGGGCAGCCGCAGGAGGAGGAGAGGGCAGCAGGCAAGGCCGAGGGCGAAUUCAACAGGGAAAAUGAGAGCAAGUGCGUGGGUGUGACCUCCCAGGAUGGUGAGAUCUCUGUUGAUGAUGAAGAUGAAGACUGGGAGAAUAUGUUCACCUUUUCAGGGCCGGUUGGGGUGGAAAAACAGAGGGCGAAUGGGAGGUUGGCAGGGGAGUGCAAGGAGAUGGAGAUGGGUGCAGAGGUGGGGGGUGUGUGUAAGCAGAGGGUGAGGGGUGCAGGUGGGAGGGCACUGGCAGGGCACACGUGGCAGGCGUGGAGUGGUCAGCUUCUUGGAGGAGGAAGGAGGCUGUUUGGAAGGGUGCCAUCUGUGGUGCAGCGGGCACGAGGGGGGGGCGGAGGAGGAGGUGGAGGGGGUUGUGGGGGUGGGGGUGGGGGUGGGGGUGGCAAGGCGUCGUCUCACGUGUGGCCUGACGUGUAUGGCUGUGCGGGGCUGAGCGUUGGCGUGGUCCACCAGUGUGAGCAAGCUCGGACUGUUUGUCGAGGUGCACAAAUUCGUUUUACCGAGGGCGUCAACCACACACCAUCCGAGGUGACUUCUCUAUCGGCGGCUGACUUUGCUUACUUGGGAGAGGACCAUUGA